AUGUCUUCGGCAAAACGUGUCAAGUUGUCUCACUCCAAGGCUCCGGGGCCUUUCCGGAAGCCAAGUUCUGGAGAUCGUACCGCUGCGAAAAGUCUCACAAAAAAGAUCAUCCAAGCUCCCAAAUCUUCUGCGCCAAUCAAGCAAAAAGCCCAUGAUGCAGAAGAAGAUGAGGAGGAGGACGACGACGAGGAUCAGGAGGAUGACGACAGCAGCGAUGACGCUAGCGAAAACGACGACUCCACGCCCACGGUAGAGGAUGCAACCAAAGAUGGCCAAACUGAGCUGCCCAGUAAGGAAGAGACGCCCACCAAGUCUUUUCGGGAUCUUGGCAUCGUUGAACCACUUUGCGAAGCAUGCGAGGCUCUUAAGUUCAAGAAGCCCACACCGAUUCAAGAGCAGGCGAUACCCCUGGCACUACAAGGCCGUGACGUGAUUGGUAUUGCUGAGACUGGUUCAGGAAAAACCGCAGCCUUUGCGCUGCCUAUUCUUCAAGCUCUACUCGAAAAGCCACAGCCGCUAUUCGGUCUCGUGCUUGCUCCCACUCGAGAGCUUGCCGCGCAAAUCGGUCAAACAUUCGAAGCUCUGGGUGCCUCGAUCUCGUUACGAUGCGCCGUCGUGGUCGGUGGACUAGAUAUGGUUUCCCAAUCCAUUGCACUGGGAAAAAAGCCUCACAUCGUUGUCGCGACACCUGGACGUCUGCUGGACCAUUUGGAAAAGACCAAAGGCUUCAGCUUGCGGUCCUUGAAGUUUCUGGUCAUGGAUGAGGCUGAUAGGCUGCUUGACCUGGACUUUGGGCCGAUCCUCGAUAAAAUCCUCAAGUUCCUCCCGCGGGAGCGCCGCACCUUCCUCUUUUCCGCCACCAUGAGUUCCAAGGUUGAAAGCUUGCAGCGAGCCAGUCUGCGCGAUCCGCUCAAGGUCAGCGUUAGCUCCAAUCAGGAGAAGACGGUGUCUACCUUGAUCCAGAACCCUCUCUUCAUUCCUCAUAAGCACAAGGAUGUCUACCUCAUCUAUCUAGCCAACGAGUUUGCUGGCAAAACCACCAUCGUUUUUACACGAACCGUCAAUGAGGCUCAGCGGGUCUCCAUCCUACUGCGCACGCUCUCCUUUGGCGCAAUUCCUCUACACGGCCAGCUCUCACAAUCUAUGCGUCUGGGUGCUUUGAACAAGUUCAAGGCGAGGUCACGCGAUAUUUUGGUGGCAACCGAUGUCGCUGCUCGUGGUCUGGAUAUUCCAGAGGUUGACCUUGUCAUCAAUUUCGAUAUGCCCCAAGACAGUAUGACAUACAUUCACCGUGUGGGUCGUACCGCUCGUGCCGGGCGGUCUGGUCGAGCCAUUUCGAUUAUUACUCAGUAUGACCUUGAAUUGUGGCUAAGGAUAGAAAAAGCGGCGCUGAACGGACGAAAGUUGCCGCUUUAUCAGCCUGACAAGGAAGAGGUGAUGGUAUUCAAGGAGCGCGUGGAGGAGGCGCAGCGGCAUGCACGGGAAGAGAUGAAGACGCUGCACGAGGACAGAGGCAAGAAAGGAGCAGUCCUUAAAGGCCUACAGCAGGAUUAUUCAACAACAGCAACAACAACAAGUAGCUACUAUGGCUCAGCGAGUCCGGACCGGGCGGCCAACGCGCCAGAGGUAGUGCCGAGUGACGUGCCGCCACAUUCGCGCGGGGACAACCAGCCGCAGAUGAUGGGGAUGGACUGGCAGGAAAAGGGGAAGCCGGCGAUGCAGACAUACUACGACCCAAAGAUCGGCACCUACCCGGAAAGCGUGCCGGUGACGCCGCCCUACCAUGCAAAAGUCGCGAGUCCUCCGCAGGGCGCCCCGACGCCGUCCUACCGCAACGACAUGGACGACACUCCGCUGGAAGCCGUGCCGGGGCAGUUCAACGCCCAGCCGACGAUGGGGAUCUACACGGACAAGGUCGGCGGUCAUCCCGUAGAGACGGUGCAGGAGCUGGGGGGCUUUGUGCGUCAGGGAUCCGGGGACGAUGGCAAUCGGGCGCUGGAGAAGCCGGCACAAAGAAGAAGCAAAGUGCUGGGGGUGCCGGUCGCAGUCUUCUGGGCGCUUCUGGUGCUGAUAGUGCUCGGCACGGUGGGUCUGGGAGCUGGGCUCGGGGUCGGGCUCUCGCAGCGCAACGACGGGGCCGCACAGGGCAAAGCAGCAGGCGCUCCGGCCACAGACCCCGAAAGCCAGGAGACGGGCACGGGGCCGACGAGGACGACGACCCCGACACCGCAGGGACCGGCAGGGUCGACGUCGACCACGACCUCGUCGACGACGCAGGCGGCCGUGACGGCGGGCACGCGCGGGCUGGCGGCCAACAGCUGCGACUUUGACGGGUCGCGGGUGUACGCGAGCGGGGCGGACAAGUUCGAGGCGUUCUGCUCGGUGGACUGGCCGCAGGGCGUCGGGGCGGCGGGUGGCGGCGGCAGCGUCGUCAAGGACGUGGGCAGGGCGCUCGUCUACUCGUUCGAGGCCUGCAUGGGCGAGUGCGUCAAGUACAACGAGAAGCUGCCCGACGUCAGGUGCGUGGCCGUGACUUACAACUCGAACCUGACGGACUUCUUCCCCAUCUUUGCUGCCAACUGCUUCCUCAAGGACAAGAAGGGGCAGAACUUUCCGGCCAAGGAUACCUCGGCUUGUGCGGCCAUGCUGUAG